CUCCUGCAGGCCCUCAGCUCUGCCUAUGCUUGGUCUUUUGUCACAUCCAGACGGGGACCUGCCAGAAGAGGAGCAGGAGCAGCAGCAGGAGCAGGAGCCCACCUGUGUCCUCAAGCCCACUGAGCCUGAAGACACCACCAUUAUGGCCAUUGAGGGCAUGGCGGGCUCAGGCUCCUGUGACGCGGAGGCUUGUGCUGCCAUGCAGGCUCUGCUGGCGGAAAGUGAUGUCUCCAGUUUGGAGCAUGUGCCGAGCGUUGUGAGGUGCAUCUACCGGUGGCUCACAUCCAACACGGAUGUGUCUGCCACGCAAAGGUUGCCCAACGCCCUUGCGGAGCUGACCCACGCGCACCCCCAUGACGUGGUGGUGACGCUCCUGCGCUGCGCCCCAUCGUGCGACAGAGCUGCUGCGGCCAUGUGGAGGGUGAUGGUCUCCACGAUGAGGACUGCAGACAAGGUGCUACUGGAGCUGCUCCCUGUGCUGGCAGACUGGCCGCUGCACAGCACGUUCACCUCCGACGGGGACAAUAAGGACGUCUUUGCCCUGGCCGCAACCAGGGCACUGUGGGAGAUUCUCCAGCUACCCAGGCGCCCACAGAGGCUGAAGGUGCAUUUCCCACGCCUCUUCCUGGCUCUACUCUCCCAAAUUUUCUUCAGCACCGAGCAGAUGCCAGAGGAGGUUGACACCUUCUGGAGGGGAUGCCAGCGGGAAGGCUGCCUUCCCACCAACCCCAACAGCUUUGCAGUGCUGACCGUGAAAGCACUGCUCUGCCGUCUGGGGUAUGAGAAUGUGGUGUUUGAAGUGGAAUGUAAGCGUGGCUGGGACACACUUCUCAACGCUGAGACCCACCACUACGCCAUGUGUAGGGGAAUAGACAGGGAUCGGCGACCGGAAGAUUACGGGAUGUGA